UUCGCUUGAAAGUUUCUGUACUGCAAUAUAUUAAUCAAUCGUUGCUUAUAGUGUUUUGAAAAUAAUAAAGUGAAAUAGAUAAAAUAACUUUUCGCAAAAUGAGUGCUGUCAGUAUAAAAUAUUUGCCACUAGAAAUGGUGGAAAAAAUAUUGCAGAAUUUAGAUGUUGAUGAUUUGAAAAUAUGUUCAAGGGUGUGUUUGAUGUGGCAGGAUCUCGCUAAAGAUAUAGUGGUGAAUAAAAUGAAGGAAGCCUGUAAAACUGUGCUUGGUGCACAUUACAUGGAGACAUAUGUGCGGGCCAAUAUGUCUUGGGAACAAAUCUUUGCAUCACUGCUUUUAUGGAAAGAGAUUAAAUCACUACGAAUGUCAGUAAACUCGUCGCCUCCACUACAUACGCUGUGCGCUUUUAUAAGUGACGAAAGAAGAAUCCCCAGACUACAACUUUUGGAAAAUGGGAUUGUAGCUUUCCCACAGUUUAUGAAGACAAACGAUGCGGAGUACGAUUGGAUGGUCCAUUUAGGAUACUUUAACGCAGUCUCAUACUAUAAUAUCACUACUUUAGAAUUGAUAAAAACUCAAGUAUUUCAGUUUGCAUUCUGUAUGUAUGCAGAAAAUGACUUUUUAAUUGUAUUUGUUACGAGGCAAUUUGAAGUAAAAGUCUUCUCCAAAAUAAACCAGCAAUUGCAUACUAUUGGAAAACUGCAUACAACUGCAAAUUUUUAUUUAACAGAAAAAACGAUUUUUUUCAAAGCGCAAAACAAUGUGGUGCACAUGGUAUCACUAGUCACUGAAAAUGAUGAAGUGAUGCUCAAUUCAAUUGCCAUUUCUAGAGACAACUUCUCAGAAGAAAUAAAAGCUGUGACAACUAUAAAUGAAAACAGGAUCGAUCUCAUAACACAGAAAGGUCAUAUAUAUGCAGUCAGUAAUCAUUCCAAUUGUGAUUACAAAAUAAAUUACAUCUGUCAUAUUGACAAAAACACCGCGAAAGAGCCAGGCUUCUUGAAUGUGUUAAAGAGACAUGGUUUCGAUUGGUCUGCACCAGAUGUUUACAAAUGGAUCAAAGAAGACUGUGAUGCUAUUUGGCCCCUCCACACAGGAUUGAAUCAUUCAACUGUUAAAGUUCACGGCAAUGUGCUGCUUAUAGGUACCUCGCGUCGAGUUCUGGAAAUUUAUGUAGAUCCUUACUCCAAUGGGGUGUUGAAGUUGCAGGGUGAAAAACCCGUUCAGAAAAUUAUUAUGCCUCGGCAUAUUUCAAGAAGCAGGAAUGAGAUUGUCGCUCCACCAUAUGGAAUAGUACAAAUUGAAGUGCUAGAAAUUCUGGAUGGACACCGCAUUAUCAUGCUUUAUGACAAACGACUUGUUGUUAUUAAUUUCAAAAAGAUCCCGAAAAGGCAAGCAGGUGUCAUGGCAUCAUGUUCAGCCAAAAAGAGAUCCCUGCGCUGCAGUCACUGCGAGCAGCGUGCCCUGCUGUGGUGCCACGCUGGUCGUACGCUGCACCCAGCUGAGUUCCCGCUGCGCCACUCUGCUCUCCUGGCCCAACAGGCUGCCACCCCGCUGCACCAUGUUGCUCAGCGGCGGCACCACGCUGCUCUGUGGGGACACCACACUUCUCGGUGCGGGCACUUCACUGCACCCCCGACUCACCACGGUCCUCUCGCGCGGCGCCACGCUCCUUUCGCUCGGCUUCACGCUCCUUUCGCGUGGCCGCACGCUCCUCUUUUCAUAGAGUAUCCGGAAGAGCCAGCGAAGUGAAGCAUCAUAAUCAAUUAAUCACAUUAUAUUUACAAUAUACUUUGUUCGCGUGAACUUCUCUUAUCGCGGUAAUUAGGUACCUAUACCGGCUGAAAUUUUGACCCCUUCACACAAUAACACGUGGAUCUUUGACGAAAAUUACAUAUUAGUUAAGUUUUUUUUUCAAUGGGACUUAAAAAAAAACUUUGAUAUGCAGUAUCUCAAAGUUUGAAAAACGUCUACGCUGGACACAUAGUUACUACAUAACACUAGUCGCACCUCACAUCUUGCAUUGUGCCUACGCGUUUCAUAUUUUACCUUCAUGGCUAGCGUUUAGACCUGUUGCGUCUUUGCGCGUGGAACGGUACUGUGAAUUGGCCGUGAAUCGAACAGCUUUUAAUUUGAGGCCAGCAUACUUUCCCAGACUGUACCACUGACGACUGCAACUGCUGCGAGAGACUGCGCUGGUAAACUCGCCGUGUGAUGCGGGUGCAUCUAUUACCGUCCAAUCCCGCGUUCUUAGUACCCCUUAUAUUAGAUGAUGAUGAGUAGUGUUAAUGAA